AUGGCGGAUCCGGGCCUGCCGCAUUCAGAACCGAGUCAAUCGUACUGGCAGCAUGUCCCGCAUGCUUUGGCAAAUAUCAGAUCGCCACAAUUGCCGACCGAGAGAGAUCACGUCAUUAUUGGAUCUGGUAUCUCUGGCCUUUCUGUCGCUAAAACAUUACUAGAAAACCAUCCAGCUGCAACAGUGACGGUUUUUGAAGCUCGGACGCUUUGCUCCGGCGCGACUGGUCGUAAUGGGGGUCAGAUGGCUGCCAACAUCGGAGAGGAGUACACGCACUUGGCAGACAUUCAUGGUCCAGAGAUGGCCGGGAGAAUCGCAUCAUUUACGUUUCAAAACCUAGAGAAGAUGUGGAAGUUAAUCGACGAGUAUGAUUUGAAGGACACGACCGAAGCGCAGCGUCUGUGGAAAUUGCGCGUUUUCCUGACAAGCAACACAUAUGAUGAAUUUCGAGAAAGUAUUUCACGACUGGAAGCUGAUCAUCCCUCAAUGAAGGGUAUAUAUAAAAUGCUAGACAAAGAAUCUCUCAAAAAGGACUUUGGAAUCCACGGGGCGGCUGGUGGAGCAAUGCUCCCCGCUGGGACGGUGUGGCCCUAUCGCCUGGUCACGAAUGUGUUUGCUGCUCUUAUGAAAAAGUAUCCAGACCGAUUAACCAUCGAGACUAACACCCCGGUUGAGGUCGUGGAGUACAACCAGAGUUUUCCUACUCCAAUCACUUCCGUUUUUCCCUACACUAUCCGUACCUCUCGUGGUCCCAUGCGAGCGGGAACAGUCAUUCACUGCACCAAUGGCUAUACUGGUCAUCUUCUCCCGAGUCUACGUGGACGGAUUCAUCCCUUCAAAGGGACCAUGACAGUACAAGACCCUGGCGGCGUUAUACCUAACCAGGGCACCAAGGUAUCAUGGGGAUUUCACUAUGAACCAACAUAUGAUCCCAAAUCCCAACGUCAUGGCUUUGGACUGUAUUAUUUAGGACAAAGUGCAAAAACCGGGUACUUCUAUUUUGGUGGAGAGAAUUCUCGGAUCGACGAAGCAGUGUCUGCAGACGAUAGUUUUGCAGAAAAGUAUUCUGUAACUCAUCUCCAAGAGGUCCUUCCCCAAUUUCUGGGCCGGAAUGCCACUUCCCCUUGGCGGCUGGUCAGUUCCUGGAGCGGGAUCAUGGGAUUCUCGUCGGACGGGCUACCUGUAGUCGGGCGACUUCCCUCGACACUGACAGGUCGGGGUGGCGACGGUGAAUGGAUUGCGGCUGCUUUCAAUGGUUAUGGCAUGGCCAACUGCCUUCUCAGCGGCGAGGUUCUGGCCUUGAUGAUAUUGGGCAUAGACGUGGGGGACGUACUGCCAGGCGCAUACAGCAUCAGUGAAACGCGGCUGCUCACCACUCUGACACCCCCGGAAUCGAUCAAGGCGUUGACCUCGAAACUAUGA